AUGUCGGAUUCAACAGCUCUGCUGCUACCGAGAAUAUCCCGGUCGUGCGAUCAAUGCAAGGCCCGCAAAGUCCGCUGUAUUCCUCUAUCGUUGACUUCGCGCGUCAAGAAACGACACCAGAAAUGCCACUAUAGCCACACAAAGCGCAAGCUGAAGGUCAAGGACCCUGAAAAUACAUCUCCGACGUUUACGCAUUCCCCAACAGACCCUGCUGAUGCAUCGCCUCCAUCAGAACUGCCUCAGAAGUUGUACAUUGACCACAUCCUGGAGACUAGGCAUGCUCACGGGAUUGAGGGAUGGAGAGAGGAAUCGUCUGUCUUCAAGCUAAGCAUAUGUGAGCAGGCAGGAGAAAGCUUCAUUGCAAGCGCUAGCUUGGCCUUUUUCUCCGAAAGUCGAAUUCGGUCGUUGACCGAACGCGUCGGGCAUCCCAGGCUUCGGGAACUCAUUGAAACCAUCGGAUCAGUCAUCAAUCUGAAAAUGAAUCGCAAAAACAAUGAGCAGCAAGCAAUACCACAGCGUCCACCAAUCACUUUCAAAAGCCCCGAAGUGCCAGAAAAAGUAUCUCCGGAAGCUGCAAAAGCAUCUAUAACAGCAUAUUUCACUCAUCUCCACCCAAUUUAUCCUUUUCUCGAUCGUAGUGAGUUUGAGCAGAAGGCUUUUAGUUACGAUUUGCCCCAUCAUUUGUCGUCGAAUGCUGCUUUCUCUGCCUUGUAUCACACUGUGCUCGCUCUGGGCUUCCAGUAUACAGAAGGUGGAUCUUUCGAAGCUGGCAAAGGCAAGACAUGGAAACUGUAUCAGGUUGCCCUGGGCCUACUCUCUGAUAUCCUUCUUCCCAGAGAGAGCCUUGUGAACUUACAGGAGUUGUGUGAUGAGGAUAUCGGAUGCCCCAUCCCAGAGAUCCCAGAAGCCAUAGACGGCAGCGUUGAUUGGUUUUUACUAUCCGCUCGUUUUGCUCGACUUACUUCGCGAGCUUAUCAGCUGCUAUUUACGGUCUCUGCGACUUCGAAAACGCCACGCCAGUUCUUUGACGCCAUUGAUUCCGUGCACCACGAUUUGGAGAUUUGGCGUCUGUCCAUUCCCAAAGAUCAGAGACCCGGAGAGCCAUUUAUACCGGAGAAUUAUAGGUCGUCGUGGACAAUCACAAUAUCUUUAAGAUCUCACCUUUUCUACUAUGCCGUUGUCGUGUCGCUUUGCAGACUUUGCUUGCAUAUCGGUGCAGGUAGCGAGUCUCCACGCGUUGAACAUGCCAAAAGGAGACUCAUGUAUACAGCGCGACAAAUUAUCGAAAUCACACACUACAUUGAAAUCCAACCUCAUACUCCUAUCUGGCAAGUGCAAAUCUCGCUAUCAUGCAUGCCUACUUCCUCUAUUCGAUUGCUAAUUCCGCCUAGGAUACUUGGGGUCAUGCCACUCUCUGCUUUAUUUAUUCUAUUUGACUUUGUCGUCCACAACCCAUUUCAUCCAGAAACAAGCACCAACCUCAAUUCGCUCGAUAUCGCUGGCGUUUACUUCAACCGCCUAGAAUACGCUACUAAAGGCUCUCUCCCAUGUUCAUUAGUAGCCGAGUUCACAUUCAUUGCGCGCCAGUUUGUCCGCGAAGUUCAAUUGAACAGCUCUACGCGCGAGACUUCGACCAAGCAGAAACCAUACCCCGGCCUUAUGAAGCCUAUUGAACAGGUGACGGGGGAUCCUCAAUCGAUGGCCUAUAUGCCUUCCCGGAUGCAAGCUGUAGUACUACCGGUACAAGAGCAACAAGAGCAAUCCUUAGAUGGCUCUUUCCAAUACGUGGAUCAGCUGUUCUAUCCGACAGAUGACCUACAACCUUUCAUGACGGGUGACUUUACAGCAGGGUUCGAUAUGAACAAUUUAUUUGACUCCUUUCUCCCCAAUUUCCAAAUAUGA